GUUUAACUGACUCUUCCUGACCAUCUCCAGAAGUGCAUUUAAGUUACAAGUUUUAGCUCAUCUUCAAAAUUCUUCUAAGAUGGGCAGCAGCAAUAUUGCGCUCUUUCUUCUUUGUCUGAUAUACACAGUUACAGGAGACUUAUUAGAGGAUUAUGUGAAAACUGAAGGUGCUUGGAUGCGUGGGCGGGAAAGAUAUUUUUAUUCAACCGGAAGUGAGAUAGAAUGCGCUGAAAAAUGUGAAAGUGAAAAUAGAUUCACUUGCAGGUCAUUUCUAAUAAGUAAAAAAAGUCAACUUUGUGCCACUUUACCCGAUAAUCGCAAGUCUUCCACCAUAUUAAGAAGAAAUGAUGUAACAUUCUAUGAGAAAAGAAUCUAUCUUGAGGAUUGUAAACGAGGAACUGGUAAGGAUUACAGGGGGACAGAAUCCACAACUCAUUCAGGAAAGACAUGCCAGGAUUGGAACUCUGCUGAACCACAUAUACCAAACAUCACACCUGCAAAGUUCCCAAAUGCUGGUCUAGAGGCCAAUUAUUGUCGUAAUCCAGAUGAUGAUGCUAAUGGACCAUGGUGUUAUACUACGGAUCCCAAAGUUAGAUUUGAAUAUUGCAGCAUUCCUCAAUGUGAAGAGGAGUGCAUCCAUUGCAGUGGAGAAAACUACAGAGGCACGAUAUCAAAGACUGAAUCUGGUAUUGACUGUCAACACUGGGACCAGCAAACCCCUCAUACUCAUGGUUAUACUCCUUCAAACAUGCCAGAAAAGAAUCUUAUCAAGAAUUAUUGUCGUAAUCCAGAUGGAGAACCCCGGCCUUGGUGCUUGACUACAAACCCCAGCAAGCGGUGGGAAUUUUGUAAUAUUCCACGCUGUACCACCAAGCCACCUCCAUCCACUCCUGGAGAACAGUGCUUGUCUGGAAAGGGUGAAUCCUAUACUGGAACUAUUGCUGUAACCGUGUCAGGAAAAACCUGUCAGUCUUGGAGUUCUCAUGAGCCCCAUAAACACUCCAGAACACCAGAAAACUAUCCAUGCAAAAAUCUACAAAGCAACUACUGUAGGAACCCAGAUGGGGAGUCUAUGCCUUGGUGUUAUACUACAGACAGCAAAGUGCGAUGGGAAUAUUGUGAUAUACCCAGCUGUAAUGAACCAACGUCUGUUCAAAUGAUUCCAACAAAUGCAUCUCCAGUCUUGGAAUGUUAUGAAGGGAAUGGUGUCAUGUAUCGUGGCUCAACAUACAUGACUAUCUCAGGAAAGAAGUGUCAGGAUUGGAGUUCCAUGGUGCCUCAUAAACAUGAAAAAACACCUGAAAAAAAUCCAAACGCAGGACUGGAGAAAAAUUACUGCAGGAAUCCAGAUAAUGAUAAGAGUCCAUGGUGUUAUACCACAGAUCCCAGCGUGAGAUGGGAAUAUUGCAAUCUGAAAAAGUGCUUGGAUAUUCCACAAAUAGAACAAAGGCCAGCAAAAACAACAAAACCCACUAUAGUCACUUCACUUCCAGAUUGUAUUGUAGGCAAAGGUGAAGAUUACUAUGGUACCAGGUCUAGAACUGUUAAUGGUCAUAUAUGCCAAGAAUGGAGCUCUCAGUCGCCACAUAAUCACACAAGCUUCACACCAGUUACACACCCUAACUCUCGAUUGGAGAAAAAUUACUGCAGGAACCCUGAUGGUGAUAUCAAUGGACCAUGGUGCUUCAUUACAACACCUGGAACAAUAAAAUGGGACUACUGUGACAUACCACGCUGUGCCUCUACUGAAAUUGAAUGUGGAAUACCAAAAAGAAAACAGAAAAAGUGUUUUGGUAGAAUAGUUGGUGGAUGUGAAGCAAUACCCCAUUCUUGGCCCUGGCAAAUAAGCCUUCGAACAAACUUUGGAAUGCACUUUUGUGGAGGAACCUUAAUUGCUCCUCAGUGGGUUAUCACAGCUGCACACUGCUUGGAACGAUCAAACAGGCCGUCGUCAUACAAGGUAUACCUUGGAAUACAUAAAGAAAAUGGCAAUGAGCCCUCCAAACAAGUCAGAGAUGUUGAGAAGUUAGUAAAAGGACUUGGUAAUGCGGACAUUGCCUUACUGAAACUGAAAAGCCCAGCUUUGAUAACAGAUGAAGUUCUCCCGGCAUGCUUACCAUCUCCUAACUAUGUAGUACCAGAUAGAGCAGAAUGUUUUGUGACUGGGUGGGGUGAAACACAAGGCACAGGUAAAGAAGGUGUACUGAAAGAAGCUGGAUUUCCUGUCAUUGAGAACAAAGUAUGUAACAGUCCCGAGUACCUUAACAAUAAAGUCACAAGUAAGGAGCUCUGUGCUGGAAAUAUCCAAGGUGGCAUUGACACUUGUCAGGGUGACAGUGGAGGACCCCUUUCUUGUUUUGAUGGAGAAAAAUAUAUGCUACAAGGGGUUACUUCUUGGGGUCUUGGCUGUGCACAGGCCAUGAAGCCUGGUGUUUAUGUGCGUGUCUCUAUGUUUAUCUCAUGGAUUGAAAAGACAAUGAAGGAAAAUUAAGGGAUGUACUAUUAUGUUUUGGAAUCAGUGGGAAUACAAAAAUACUAAAAAUAAAAACAGUUUAUACCAA